CAGGAUUCCCUGAAUUUACGCUCCUUGUUUUGCAGGGAAAGCAGAAUUACGAGAGUGAGAGUCGAGUCCAACCGAGCUGUCAGUGCCUGCGCUGGGCUUUUGAACAACUGGUGUGAAACUGAACGAAAGGUAAAAUGCUCGCUCGGGCUUUUGCAAACGGACUCUGUAACCGACUUCCAAGGGAAGCCACGCGGACUGUCGGUCUGGGAGCAACGGGGCGGCAGGAUAGGCAAGUUUCCACAGAGGUGGCGCUCAAGAAGACCCCGCUGUAUGACUUCCACAGGGCUCAGGGUGGUAAGAUGGUGGAGUUUGCAGGAUGGAGUAUGCCUGUGCAGUACAAAGACAGUCACAUUAACUCACACAUGCACACACGCCAGCACUGCUCCAUCUUCGACGUCAGUCACAUGCUGCAGACUAAAGUCUUUGGUAGAGACAGAGUGAAGUUCGUAGAGUCUCUGAUUGUUGGAGACAUCGCUGAACUAAAAGACAACCAGGGCACUCUCUCCCUCUUCACAAACACUAAAGGAGGAAUCAUGGAUGAUCUGAUUGUGACCAAGACAGAUCAGGGUUACCUGUAUGUUGUCUCCAAUGCUGGUUGUGCGGACAAAGACUCUGCUCAUAUGCAGGCCAGACUGCAGGAGUUUAAAGCAGCAGGUCAUGAUGUAGAUUUGGAGUUCAUGGAUGAAAGUCUCAUUGCUCUGCAGGGCCCAUCAAUGGCCCAGGUUCUGCAGAAAGGUGUGGGUGAUGACCUCAGGAAUUUGACCUUUAUGACCAGUGUUUUGACCCCAGUGUUUGGCAUCCGGGGCUGCAGGAUCACACGCUGCGGAUAUACAGGGGAGGAUGGAGUUGAGAUCUCAGUACCAAGUGGAGAUGUUGUCUCCCUGACUGAAAAGUUGUUAGCCGAUAGUGAGGUGAAACUCGCUGGUCUCGGUGCCAGAGACAGUCUGAGGCUGGAGGCGGGACUUUGUCUAUACGGCAAUGACAUUGAUGAGACCACCACACCUGUGGAAGCAAGUCUUGUUUGGACUAUAGGUAAGCGUCGUCGUCAGGCACAAGAUUUCCCUGGUGCUGACAUCAUUGUUCCACAAAUAAAGGCAAAGACUCAGAGAAAGAGAGUGGGAGUGAUCUCCACUGGACCACCUGUCAGACAGCACACACCAAUCCUGUCAUCUGAUGGCAGGGUUAUAGGUGAGGUCACCAGUGGAUGCCCCUCCCCCUGCCUCAAACAGAAUGUUGCCAUGGGCUACGUGGAAGCUGGCUUCAGUAAAGUGGGCACAUCUAUCCAGGUGGAAGUGAGGAAGAAAGCAGUGCCAGCAGUGGUCAGCAAGAUGCCAUUUGUGCCCACCAAGUACUACAUGGGCCAGUAGACGUAAUGAUCAUAAAAGCGUCUGUGUUUAUGAGAGGGUCUCUCGUAAAUCUGUCUGGUAGUAUUUAGCAGUGGAGGUCACUGCCACUGGAUUCCCACUGGAAUGGAGACCAACAUUAGAGAUUAUGUAAAGCCUGAGAGACACGUCAACAUUGAGCAUUCCAUAAUGCAAACUUUAAACACAAACAUAAUUUACUUCCAUUUAAAUUACAUUCCAGGACAUUCUGUUUUUUGCACAAAAUUUUGCCCACUUCACUAGAAAUUCAAAUCAAAUGGAAUUUCAGGAUGUGGGAAAGGAGCACUUGCUGUCUGUGUGUGUGUGUGUGUGUGUGUGUGUGUGUGUGUGUGUGUGUGUGUGUGUCCGUGUCUAACAUAGAGCACUUAAAAUGUUAGUUUGAGUGUGGGAAGGUGACAUCUGUUUUAAAGACUACUGACUAGGAUUCCUUUAAUAAGUUUGCCACAUACCUGGUUCAUUUUAUGCCAGUGUACUGUUUUAGUGUCAUAACUUUAUGAUGUACAAUGAUAAAAUAAUUAACAAAGCUAAUCUGAAUGAGAUAAACUGUUUUAGAAAAGUGCCUAAUUUCUCAGUUGUCAUGCUGUAGUAUUGUUAAUGUCAUUAGCUUUAGACCACAUCACUGAAGUCUUUCUGUCCAAAAGAACAUUUCCAUUUAUGGUUCUUUUUGGGCUGUGAUUAAAUAAUUAAAUUUAUUCUAUAUAAUUUUAUAAACUUUUACUUGAUUGGUUGUUCCCCAAAAUAAGACUUUUAAAG